AUGUCAUUCUUCUUGUUUCAUCCGAGGAUUACAUCCCUGCGUGCGUUGGCUAGUAUUAGAUCAAGUCUGUAUCCAAGAAAUGGCCCUCUCCGAACUGCUGUGACAAAAACGCUCGUGAGGCAGAACUCCUGUUCAUGCAGACCAUCACGAUCCUGGUCACUCCGACUCGUCAGGCAGUUCUCCUCUAAAACAUCGGGAAAAUCAUCACCAGUUUCAACUGCGUGGCGGGUUUUAAAAUUUGUUUUCACUGGUACGGGAGUAUUGUUUUGGUGUAUCAUUGUACUCGGUUUGGGAACAGGGCAUUUGCAGAUAAGUAGUGAUGAAGUGUCUUCUGAUCACGAUCCGGCUUUGAUGGCUGCCAUAUUCCAGUUGGACGAUAAGGAAUUUACCCAGGAUUUUACCGAGAAAGGAAGACCCCAAGCCAUGAGGGAAGUGUCCGAGGAAGUGACGCACAAGUUAACUGCUUUGUCUGUAGUAUGGUCGAAACUGAAAAGCGAAAAUGCCUUCUUGAAAAAGUUUGGCAAGAAUGUAAAUAUUACAGGUUAUAAAGUGCAAUAUGGCUCACCGCCUGAGAAGAGCAAUAACAGCAAAGAUGAGUUACUAACUAAUGGAGGCCCAGAAGACAAUUACAACAGCAAUGUACUUAAAUACAGUAGGGAUGAAUGGAAUGUAACAGUAUAUAUUGAGGGCUCAGAAUCCUCUGGUUUAGUUACUGUGGGAUUUCACAAAGUAAACAACAAUAGUACAAUUUGGAUUCCAGUUUCUCUCCUUGUUGAAACUAUGCCAAGUUCAGGUGUGAAGGUCUGUGAAGUUUCCGCACCUCUUCCAAAUGGUCUCACAAAGUUCUCACGCUUGUUUAGGGAUGACUAG